AUGUCCUCCCUGCAGUACACCCUCGUCAACUCUAAGGAUGCCCUUGCCGAGGCGAUGACCCAUCUGCAGGAAGCGAACCACGUCGUCCUUGACCUAGAAGGACUUGAUCUCGGAGAAGUAGGCGGAGCGUUAUCCAUCAUAAUCUUGCGCCCCAUUGGAAGCAAGCCGCCGUCGAACACUUAUAUCGUCGACAUAAUGCAGCUCCCUGUCGACGAUCUUACUCCCCUCUUCAACCUUCUCAGAGCUGACACGCCAGUCAAGGUCGUCUUCGACGGCCGCAAGGACUUCUGUGAGCUGCACUACACCUAUGGUGUUGACCUGGGGAAAACCUUGGACAUGCAAAUCGCGGAAAUACGGAUGAGGGUCCUUCAAGGACAGACCCCUUUGGAGCAAGUACGGCUUUAUCCAACUUGGUUGCGUUCGCGGGCCGUUUCUCGCCCUUCGGACUAUACUCUUGUCCACAACAUCAUCUCGCUCGAUCAUUGCGCCAAGAAGUUACUAGUCAGCUACAACGACAAAGCGAAAGUCAACCAUAGCUUGUGGCUUCGACGACCACUUGAUGUUCAACUCCUUCAGUAUGCUGCUUACGACGCCUACCUCAUUGAGCUGGUAUACGCGGCGUUCGAGCGUCGAGGUAUUCUCGACCGUGAAUUAGAAGAAAUCAGCCAACGAUACAUCUCGAUCUGGAGCGACCAAAAGCCUGAGCGAUCCGACGUUUACAGACAGCAUUCAUUGCUCCCGCUGAACAUCUUGACGCAUUCACCGCCCAGUCCUUUUGAUCGUCAAUGCGCCGGGUGUCGAAGGCUUCUUCCUUCGAACUGCUUCACUUCGACCAGCUUGAAGCAAACUCUUGUCAUCGUCGUUGGAGAGCAUCUGUAA